UCCAAGUAAAGUUUUACUCCGUAAAGAACAUUUUCCACCUUAGUUCUUUUGUUCAAUCUUCAGCUACCCCCUGCCUACCUCAAUCCUCCUGGACAUCCUUCGUCGUCUCUACUGUCUUCUCAGCUUCUUCCGCCGCGUGACCCCUUUGGCCUCUUCUCAUUACCCGCCAUUACCAUAGGGGUCGCCCAAUUGUCUUGAAUUUAAAAAAAAAAAUCAAAAACUUUAAAAAUUGCAUCUUUAUUUGUAUCUAUUGCCUAUCUCUAUCGGUAACGAGAUCAUCUUAAAUGGCGUCGAGCGAGAUCUCCCAGACGGAUACGGAGGGGAUCGACGGCGUCCGCAUGACGUGGAACGCGUGGCCCCGUACCAAGGUCGAGGCCAGCAAGUGCGUGAUCCCAAUCGCCGCCUCGAUUCACCUGAUCCGCCCCCAGCCGGAGCUUGUCACGGUCCCAUACCCGCCGCUGCGGUGCAAGACCUGCGCCUCCGUUCUCAACCCUUUCGCACGGGUCGAUUACUCGGCGCUGAAAUGGAUCUGCCCAUUUUGCUUCCAGCACAAUAAUUUCCCGCAGCAGUACUCCAACGUUUCCGAGACCAACGUCCCUGCUGAGCUCUUCCCGCAGUUCACUACCAUACAAUACGCCCUACCGCAGAAUCCUAGGGCAAAUCCGAAUCCUGCUGUUGGUCAGUCUCAAGCUUACUUGUUCAUGUUGGAUACGUGCAUGCUUGAGGAGGAGCUCGGUUUUGCAAAAUCCGCAUUGAAACGGGCUGUUGGAAUGCUUCCGGAAAAUGCCAUUGUUGGGUUUAUCUCCUUUGGAACUCAGGUGCAGGUGCACGAGCUUGGAUUUUCUGAUAUGUCGAAGGUGUAUGUAUUCCGGGGAUCCAAGGAGCUGUCUAAAGAUCAGGUUUUGGAGCAAUUGGGGCUUGGUAGCAUUGGCGGAAGGAUGCAGAAGGGUGCUAGUGGAUCCACAGGGGUGGUCCCUGAUCUCGGUACUAGAAGAUUCCUAUUGCCUGCUACAGAAUGCGAAUACACACUGGAUUUGUUAUUGGAUGAGUUGGUUACCGAUCAAUGGCCUGUGCCUCCAGGAAACAGGGCAUUACGCUGCACAGGAGCUGCUUUGAGCGUAGCCUCCGGUUUGCUAAGUUCUUGUUUGGCAGGUUCUGGUGCUCGAAUUAUAGCUUUGGUGGGAGGCCCAUGCACAGAAGGGCCUGGAGCGAUUGUUUCAAAAGAUUUAUCAGAUCCUGUUAGAUCCCAUAAGGAUCUAGAUAAAGAUGCGGCUACAUUUUUCAAGAAGGCAGUUCAUUUUUAUGAGGAACUUGCCAAACAACUAGUCAGUCAAGGUCAUGUGUUGGAUGUUUUUGCAUCAGCUCUUGAUCAGGUUGGGGUUGCUGAAAUGAAAGUAGCAAUUGAAAAGACCGGAGGGCUGGUAGUUCUUGCAGAAAGCUUUGGCCAUUCCGUUUUCAAGGAUUCUUUCAAGCGUGUUUUUGAGGAUGGGGAACAGUCACUUGAAAUUUCCUUCAAUGGAACACUUGAGAUCAAAUGCUCAAAGGAUAUUAAGAUUCAAGGAAUUAUUGGGCCUUGCACAUCUUUAGAGAAGAAAGGGCCUGCUAUUGCCAACACUGCUAUCGGAGAAGGGAAUACUACAGUUUGGAAGAUGUGCAGUCUUGACAAAACUACAUGCUUGACUGUUUUCUUUGACGUUUCAUCUAGUGAAAAAGCAGACCCUUCUGCCAAUGCAAAUUCAUAUUUGUUCAUACAGUUCCUCACAAGUUACCAGGGCUCUGAUGGCCAAACAAAAUUGCGAGUAACAACAAUCAGCAGAAGAUGGGUUGAUACUGCUGUCAACUCUGAGGAGUUGAUACAAAGUUUUGAUCAAGAAACUGCUGCUGUAGUAAUGGCUAGGCUGGCUUCGUACAAAAUGGAGAUGGAGGAAGGUUUUGAUGCCACUAGGUGGCUAGAUCGGAAUCUUAUUCGUCUUUGUUCUAAAUUUGGAGAAUAUCGGAAGGACGACCCUGCAUCGUUCACAUUAAAUCCUUUCUUUUCGUUGUUUCCUCAGUUCAUGUUUAACCUGCGACGCUCCCAAUUUUUGCAAGUUUUCAAUAAUAGUCCAGAUGAGACAGCUUACUUCCGCAUGUUGCUGAAUCGUGAGAACAUUAGCAAUGCCGCUGUCAUGAUUCAACCAACACUAACUUCAUUUUCAUUCAAUUCACCACCUUGCCCAGCGUUAUUGGAUGUUGCAUCAAUUGCAGCUGAUCGUAUCCUCCUGUUGGAUUCUUAUUUUAGUGUAGUAAUAUUCCAUGGAAUGACAAUAGCUCAAUGGAGAAACAUGGGCUACCACAAACAGCCAGAACACCAGGCGUUCGCCCAACUAUUACAAGCUCCUCAUGAUGAAGCCCAAGCCCUCAUUCAUGAACGGUUUCCUGUUCCGAGAUUGGUGGUGUGUGAUCAGCAUGGUUCCCAGGCACGAUUUCUGUUGGCAAAGUUAAACCCAUCAGCCACAUACAACAAUGCACAUGAGAUGGUUUCCGGAACAGAUGUGAUAUUUACGGAUGAUGUGAGUCUUCAGAUAUUCUUUGAGCAUCUACAACGGUUGGCCGUUCAAUCUUCUUGAUUUGGGAAAUCAAGAAAGAAAUGGACAAGAAGGGUUUUUGCACAAAGUGUCAUUUUUGAAACCCUAGUGAUUUCUCAUUGUCUCAGUCUAAUCUUCCCGCCCUACAAUGAGAAGUGUUAGGGACAAAGUUAUCUCAGCGGUAAGGACUAUCUACGAUUCUUUUUAAAUCUCGGGUUUCAUAACAGAUUUCGCUUCCCCUCAAAAGAAGGUGCAUGCCUAUGAAUUCAUUUGUGUUGUAUGUAAGGAAGAGCAAAAUAUUUAAACUAUAAUGCAGUUUUGCUCCCACAGUGCUGAAUUUAGACUAGCCCCUUUUUUCAUUUCCUGUCUAUUGUAACUUCUCAAAGUUCAUUUAGACCACAAGCCAAUUUUAUAUUGGUAAUUCGAGGAUAUGGAAGUUGAAUAGAAGAAACAUUGUUGUAGGUUAUAAAGCAAUUCAUGAAGGCAUUUUCUUUAUUGUGUUAUGUUUUAUAGAAAGUCAUUGUGGGUUAACUGGAUUGCUACUCAGCAAAUUAGUCACAGCCGGCAGACUAUGAUUCCUCUUCUGUUAACAGACAUUGAUUGUACUCGUUAUCUUAAUGGAGGAAAGAAAACCUUGAGGAGAGUUAUUUUCCUAUCGUUCGGUUUUACCUCCG